CACAACUAUUCCAUAAAGCAUAUUGGUCAUCUCCCCUCUCAACCACUUUCAGGUAUGGCGACAGCCCCCGUGUCAUCUCUCACCGGAGUCACCGUGGAGUUCCUGGAGUUCCCGGCCAUCGUGACACCUCCGGCCAGCUCCGGCAAGUCCUAUUUUCUCGGUGGUGCAGGGGUGAGAGGGCUGACCAUUAAUGGUCAAUUCAUAAAGUUCACAGGCAUUGGAGUUUACUUGGAAGACAAGGCAUUCCCAUCUCUGGCCUCUAAGUGGAACGGCAAAACUCAAGAUGAAUUGUUUAAUUCCAUUGAUUUCUUCAGAGACAUCAUCAAAGGACCAUACGAGAAAUUAAUAAGGGGGUCCAAGAUAUUGCCACUGGAAGGAGCAGAGUACGUCAGGAAGGUCUCAGAAAACUGUGUGAGUCACAUGAAAGCAGUUGGCACUUAUGGCGAAGCAGAGGCUGAAGCCGUUGAGAAGUUCAUUCAAAUCUUCAAGCCUCACAAUUUCCCUAUUGGCUCCUCCGUUUUCUACUUGCAAUCCCCCAGUGGAACUCUAACGAUUAGUUUCUCAGAUGACGGCACACUGCCAGAGAGUGUAGCAGGAGCAAUAGAAAACAAAGCACUUUCAGAGACAGUGUUGGAGACGAUGAUCGGAGAGCAUGCUGUUUCGCCUGCAUUGAAACAGAAUUUGGCUUCCAGAUUAGCUCCAUUGUUCUAAGAGAUUAAUUUCAAUCAUAAAAAUUGAGAAUUUGCAACUCAGUUUGAGUUACAUGAUCUCUUUAUAUUUUACGCACUGUUGUUUUGUGGAUUGUUGAGGUAAUUAGCUCUAAUAUUUAGUUAUCUUGAGUAUUGUGUAAUAUUUGCUGUAAUGCUUAUCGCGUAUUUGUACCCUUAAAUUUCAUAAGAAUUUUAAUUA